ACAAGUGAAAAAAAUCGUCGCCACUCUGCCGCAGCAGAAAAAACCCCAAACUAUAUAGAAAAAAAAACAGCAAUACUAACAACAAAAUCAGGAAAACAAUUGCAAAUAGAAACGUGCCACAUAAUUGCGAAAAACGUUUGCAUAACGUGAGGCGUUGAAAAGUGCGAGCAAUCUGCGAAAGAUUUUUCCAGCAAACCGUUUGGAUUUUCAAGGACCCCCGUGUGGGUGUACCACUGGCAGGUACUCGCUGUGUAUCUGUGUGUGUGUGCGAGGCUCAAGUGCAAUUAUAAAUGGCGUAAUUUGUGCGCCGUGGCGGCCGUGUCAUGAACAUAGCCAAACCAGUGCAUCCUAGAGUGGACCUAUUCUGUACCAGGAUCAAGACGACUCCGCGGGGGCGCAGCAAACGGACGGAGGCUCGCCGGAAAAGCGAGUUCCUUCGCCGACAGCACGCAAAAUGGAUGAAUGCGACAACCCCGUCGUCGUCUCACUAGGAAAACUCGAAUCACAGCAGCUAAACGAGGGGGUCGCCGAGCCGAGUGCGGAAAAUUCGGAUCAGGAGCAGGCACUUUGUGACUACAAAGAGCCGAACAUUGAUGAUAAGGAAGCGCUUAUAGAGCAGGACCUUCACAAAUCAUCAGUCGAGGAGGACGCAGCUAACGACGCGGAAGUCGAGGCAGUCAUCAUGGGACAGGCGGAGAGCAAGAAGCAGGGCAGCAAGUCGAGUCGCCGCCACCACAAUGGCAACGGAAAUAGUAAUGGCAAUCCCACGGAGGCGAUGGAACAGAAUCAGACGGUGCACACCAAAGGCACCGCCAUGUCCUUUGGUUUCCGCAAAAAGCUCAAUGGGACGCCCAAGAAGUUCAAGAAACUCCUGGAAGGCGGCGACAAAAGCGCAACUCGCACAGACACAAAGGAUGACAACGGAAAUGCAGCUGUUCCCAUUCACUUCGAGAAAGUAGGCGCCGCCGCUGUACAGAAGGCUGGGACUUUGGCGACAGGUGCGGCCGGCGGACGUUUCGGUUAUCGUGGGGCGGUGCCACGCCCCUCUUCUGCAGGCUUCACUGCGCCCAGUGAAGAUUCCGAAUCGGAAUCGAUGGCCAAUGCCCAAAACAACAUCAACAACAACAAUAACAAUAAUAAUGGACGUGGAACGGAGAAUGGUCCGGUGUUGGUGAGCAAUUUGAAACGACGCUCCAAGAGCGCACACGCCGGACGAUCCGGCGAUGGGGAGCCCAAAAUAGCCCAGCCCAAGACGCUGACGUUCAACCUGAAUCAGAACACCACCAUCGAGUACCAGCGGCGUCAGUUCUUCGGCGAGAUCGCGGACGAAACGUCGGGUUCCGGAUCCGGAUCGGGAACGGGAUCGAGAGCUAUGCAACCGAGAUAUAACUACAACAACCUGGCCAGCAUGCAUGCCAAUGUCAUAGUUCGCCCCACACCGCGACCCACUCCAGCCAGCUAUGCCAAGUUCACACUGCAGACAGUGAGCCUGCCCAGGCCGGAGUACCCGGUGGCCAUCAGUUUGACAGCCACCACACCAACCACGCCCAGCAGCAGUGUGCAGUCACCUGUGCCCGCCCAUUCGACAGGUGCCAGGGCCAAGGACAUCUCGACCAGUUCCAGGCAACAUCCUUUGACCUCGGUCCAUGUCCAACCACAGUCGCGUCAUCUUGACCAGAAGAGCGUGAAGCAGCUAACGAAUAACUCCACACGACGAGGAUUCUCCGGAAGCAGGGAGAUUAGCGCCGAUUCUGGGAUAGCCAGCAUGGACAUGGCUUUGGACAGCAGUUCGGGCAGCUCGGUGGGUUCCAAGAGGAGUCGGAGCAGACCAAGGAACCUAAAGAUGGUGAUGAGUGGACGGCACACAUUCGAGGUGCGCGAUGCGGAUGAUCCGCCAUCCAGUGAGUCCAACUCCUUUGUGGAACCACUGGCACUACCAAAGUUACCCACUGAUGGAAGUCAGAGUAUUCCUCUGCCAUUGCUGGGCUUGGUGCGAUCCAAUACGGUGUUGAGUCGGGAGUCUUACGAGCGACGUCAGGCGGAAACACCAGGAUCCCAGGAUCAGCAGGAUUCGGAAAAACCCAAAACCAGCGGCUCCGAUGAAAGCGAGAGUGUGGAUGAAGAGAAACUCUACUUGGACUCGUCCACCUCCGAAAAGAGUGCCAAACAUCAGAGCCAAUCGUCAGUGGCUUCCACUUGGCGUCACCAGGCGGGUGAAUCUCUGGCCGCCCAGGAUUGCAGCAGCAUGAGCAUGAGCAUCAGUAGUGACACCCAUGCUCCGGAAAAUCCGCGCGAUAAUGACAAGGAGGAGGACAUGUCCUUGGGUCUGGAUGAGAUCAGUCUGAUCAACACUGACAUGCAGUUUAGCACAAUCUCUUCAAUGACGGAAACUCCACCCAAAGUGGGUCAGGAGUCCCUGCUCAAUCUUCACCUGGUGGACAAUCGGGAGGCAGGCACCUCGCGUCCCCGCUCCUUUAACAAUGCUCUUAAUGAAUCCAAGUUUGCCGAGCUGGCUCUGGCCAGUAGUAGUUGCCUCCUGUUGGAUGAUGAGACAUCGCCCACAGACAGUUUGGUCAGCAGCACCGAAGAUUCCGAGGAGGCUGGUGGCAAGUUGCAAAAGCACAAGCUCAAUGAGGAGCGUCAGCAGAAGGACAUCGAUGACAUCGACAUAGAUGAUAUAUCACCGGUUCUCGAACUGGAUCUGGAUCCUCCAGGUGGACGAAGUCCCAUUUCACCCGGCACUCCCACGCAUGCAUCCCAUUCCCUUUCUUUGGGUUCGGAUUGCGGAAAUCUUAUUGAUGAUGAGAUCGCCGAUCAGCCAGCAUUGCUAUGCAACAGUGAAGCCCAUGAGGUGGCCACCGAUACGCCCACAUUGAUGGAAACCCUCACGCACACCCAAACAGGAUCCUUGAGAUCCUUGAAGAGUCAGUCGAAGGCACGUACCGCUCUGCAGCAGGCCAUCGAGUUGAGUUUAAGGACUCCGGCAGCGGUACGAAAGGCAGUUAUGGAUCGAGCCGAAUCCUUGGAUACUCUAUCGCCAUGCGAAUCCAUUUGCUCCGAUGACCUGAUGAUGGACUUCGAUAUGAACAGCAGCGUGGACUCGAUCGAUCACAUGGCCAGUUCAACGGGACGCAGUCGCAGUGGCUCGGAUCUUCACAAGAUUGGUGGUCAGGAUAUCGAUCCCAUGCAGGCGGAAACUGAGGCGGAACUUCUAUCCGAGUUGGAACGCAGGGGCAGUGAUGUGAUGAAGGAGCUCAAUACUUUGCUGCGAGGAAGGAGGCAGCGCGGAGGACCAAGGGAGAGGAUUAGCGCCCAACUGCCUGCGCGUGCCACCAGAUUGCUGAACCGCUCACGUCUGCAGGACCAACAACUCACCGGCAACGAUUCGGAUAACAGCUUGAGGUCCUCCCACAGCGGCGGAGCUUCGGCGGCGGCCAGGAAGCGAAGCACGACCAACUCAAGGACCUCGUCGGGUUCCACGGCCAGCCUGCCUCGUCAGCGUCAUCUGCAGCAGCAGCAUCUGGGAUCGGGUGGCGGAGCAGGAGCGGGUGGUGGAGGUGGAGGUGGUGGAGCCACUGCGUCCGGUACAUCCACCCAGAGGUGCGGGGGAGAGCUGCACAGCUCGUCGGACGAUCUAAUGUUGUAUGACAAGUCCUUCCGCAAUGCGAUGAUCCAGGAUGUGCUGCAGUUCAAGAAGCAGCUGCUCCGACUGCGGCGAAUACUCCAGGAGACGGAAACGCUCAAUCCCUUCGAGAACGAUAACGUCCAGCUGUUCGCCGCCUGCGGAUUGGAUAGCAAGCAAUUGAAUGACAUCGAUUUGGCCAGCCUAACCUCGUCCACGACGGAGGAUCCGCUACAGGAGCUAACGGAUCUACGUAGACAGGGUCAAGUGGACGAUCGUGAUCGCACCAUUCGCCUGCAGCGCGAUCUCAUCGAGCAACUGGAGGCCGAGAAGAGGCAGAAGGCUUCGCAUGGACCGGGAUCUGGCGCGGAUCCGGGCAAGGAGCUAAUCAGCAUGGCCACCCAAACGGAGCGGACACGACCACUUGCCAUUGGUGCGGAGGGUUUGUCCAGACUACAAUUUGGGGAGCAACAGGUACUAUUUUGUGAUUUCAUCCUAGCCAUCAUUGUGCUGUGUGCCAUCAAUCUUAUAUGUAUACUACACCUAAGCUACAACUGUAUAGAUAAUUGUAAUUCAUGCACUUGAGAAACUAUAAUCCAAAGCCCAAAAGCAUCCACUAACUACCAUCAAAUGAUACCUAACUAAGCUUUAAUCUAUCUAAGAUAACCAAGUUACUAAGCUUAGCUUUAAGAACGUUACUAAUUUGUCACUGAAAAUUUAACACUGUUUGUGAAACGUUUUAAUUGCAUGCGGCAAUUAAAUAGAGUCCCAAGGUAAUGCAAACUUAAAAAAUAACCCACAACACGUCGAGAAGAUGGGAUGGGUCGAAAGAAAAAUGUAACCUCGAUGAUUCAGAUGAGUCAUGAAUCAUUAAGAAUAAUGAAUCAUAAGUGAACAAAGUUGUUCCCCCAAAGCGGGAUUUCUUGUAAAUUUAAACCAAUGCCGUCUAGAGAAUAUUUAAAAUUCCAAUUGAAAAACAACCUAUUAGUAACUAUAUCUUUUACUAAUUCCAAGUACAGAGAUCUCAAAAUAUUCCUUCCCAUCUUCUCAACAUUACUAAUCGUUUUUGGCAUGGACAAAAAGCUAAUGGUUCCUCUCUAUAAAGUAAAUUAUUGUCCUGGAACUGACCACUAAUCUCCAUCUCUCUGUCCGCAGAAGUAAGCCCGAAUAUACCAGUUAUACCACGCACUUUCCGAUGCUCCACUUGCACGAUUCCACGCUGGCAGCCACCACGAUAAUCCGUCAUCAUCAGAGCAACCAUGAGCAGCAACAGCCGGAGAAAUCCUGUCCAGCUCUCAGCCAAACCCGCCGGCACACCAUUAUUUCCACCACGCUGACCAACUACAAUCAGCAGCUGGCGGCCGCAUUUCCCGAUGCUACGCGACGCUCCUCCAUCGGUUGGGAUACCACUCCGACCACGCCCACCCCGCAUGGCAACGCCUCCAAGCCGGUAAGGAUUACGCUAAUCGGCGAGGCACAGCCGCUGCAGAGCAAGUCAUCAACCGGAUCGCUAUGCUCGUCAUCAUCAUCGUCGUCGUCAUCCUCCUCAUCAUCAACAUCCUUGUUGGCACAAAAUGCCAAUGUGGUCAAGAUGCGAUAUACCAAUGGCUGUCAGAGUGUUAAGAACGGAUCGAGUGCCCAUUAUCAGCCGUUGUACAACAGCAACAAGAUGACAAGCCCAACCGUAACUAUAGUCUGAUUUGGAUACCAGUUUUCAGUUCUUCAGUUAUCGAACCACAACUAAUUUGUCUUCUGACUGGCGCUCCCACAUGGAAACGCAGAAUUCAUAAUUGUGAAAAUAGACCUAGUACAAGAUCUUAAUUUUUUGUAAGCGCCAAUAUAUUGUAUUUGCAUCUUAGCCAAGAGAAAAGUCCUGGAAAAGCAGUUUAGUAAAAUAUUUUCGUAUUAGGCAUACGUACUUUAAAAUAUCUCCAUAUAUGUAUAUGUAUGUGUAUGUCCAUUGCUUCAAUAUAAUGUUAAACUUAAAUUUAAUCGUCUUUCUGCUGGCUUAGUUUUGGCUUCCAAAUGAAACUUUGUUAGCCAGAUUAAAACAUACAUAUAUUUAAUAACCGCCAAUCUGAGCAUUUUCAAGAGCCUCCAAACGGAAUAAUACCCAUUAGCACAAGGGCUAUAUACUCUUUGCAUAUAUGUAUAAUCUAAAGUUAGAUCCUAGUUAAUUUUCCAUUGUUACUUGUUUUUGCCUAAGUUUUAGUCUAAGCUAGUGAGUUUUUCUUGUUUCAAUAUUCCCAUAAUUUGUACAAUAUGUCUAAUCUCGCUAAAGAGGAGAAAAAUUGAUAAGAGCUAAAUUGAAUAUAUUUUCUCCAAGAGCACAAUAAUCGUCAAGUAAUUAACCGAUAUUAUAUAACGCAUACUGUAUGUAAACCACUAUUAAAGUUAUAGAAAGUACCUAUCAAUAGAGAAAGAUAAACUAGC